AUGUCGGCAGUGGACAACAAGUUCCCCGCCGAGGUCAAGGCUCAGGACGCCGUCAAUGGCGUCCAGGCUAACGGCUCCUCCAAGCCGGCCUUCCGCCUCACCAACUCGCCCUGCAUCCCCAACGGGCCGCUGCCCGCCGAGGGCUCGGGCGCCUUCAACAACUACCACUUGGCUGCUAUCGUUAUCCUCGUGCCGUGGUUUGUCCAGCGCUGCCUCCCCUUCGGUCGCCGCAGCUGGUACAUCUACUUCUUCCUGUUCAUCGUCCUGGGUCUGCCCCUCACGAUCGGCUACUGGAUCCUCACCUCGCGCUACGGCCCUCCUAAGAACAACAAGGUGCCCAUGCCCAACCGCCCGCUCUCGGACUACUACAUCAUUGUUGACGAGGAGAUGCGCACCAAGUGGGAUGGCAAGAAGAUGCCCAUGCAGGUCUGGCACGACGCGUACUUUGACGGCAAGAUUCAGCUCGCGCCUGGCCUCACCCUCCUCGACGUCCUCGAGUACCGCUACGACUGGUCGCGCUUCGAGCUGUCGUUUGAGAACUUCCGCUACGUCCUGUUCAACCUGAUCCCCGACGUCAUCUUCCACACCCAGAAGCAGGACGUUGACCACGUUCGUGACAACUACGACCGGGGCAACGACUUCUACUCCUGGUUCCUCGGACCCAGAAUGAUCUACACCGGCGGUAUCAUCAGCGACGUCACUCGUGAGGAGACCCUCGAGGAGCUCCAGGACAACAAGCUCAACAUUGUUUGCGACAAGCUCCAGCUCAAGUCCACCGAUGACCUUCUCGACAUUGGCUGUGGCUGGGGCACUCUCGCCGCCCACGCCGCCAAGAACUAUGGUUGCCAGGUUACUGGUAUCACGGUCGCCCAGGGCGGUGCCGACUGGGGCAACCAGAGACUCCGCGAGUCUGGCAUCCCCGAGUCGCAGGGCCGCAUCCUCUGCAUGGACUACCGCGACUUCCCCAAGGACAAGAAGUUUAGCAAGAUUACCUGCCUCGAGAUGGCUGAGCACGUUGGCAUCCGUCGCUACCGCACCUUCCUCAACGAGCUGUACAACCUCCUCGAGGACGACGGAAUCAUGAUCUUCCAGGUCGCUGGUCUGCGCAAGUGCUGGCAGUUCGAGGACCUUAUCUGGGGUCUCUUCAUGAACAAAUAUGUCUUCCCCGGAGCCGACGCUUCCCUCAACUGCGGUUGGGUCGUCAACGAGCUGGAGGGUGCCGGCUUUGAGGUCCAGAGCGUCGACGUCUUUGGCGUGCACUACGCCGCCACCAUCAACGGCUGGUACAAGAACUGGGUCUCGAACCGCGAGAAGGUCGAGGCCACGUACGGCCCCCGCUGGUACCGCGUUUGGCUCUACUUCCUCGCCUACUCGAUCAUUGUUGCUCGCCAGGGUGGCUCGUCCGUCUUCCAGAUCACGGUCCACAAGAACCUCAACGGCUUCCACCGCGUCGACAUGAUCCCGUCCCACCCGGUCAUCAAGACGCUCCGCCGCAAGGGCGAAUUUACCCCGAUCGACACUCACAAGGAGUGGUUCCCCCAGGUCUACGGCACCUCGGUCCCCGCCGUGGCUCCCGUCGUUGCUCCCGCCGUUGCUCCCGCCGCCUAA